AUGGAGAAGCCCAUCAAGUCCUCAUCUACACAGGCAACUCAACGCAUACUCUCUCUCACGAACCACUUGCGAGAUUCCCUGAACCCCGCCGACGAUAUCCAGAAGGCAAGAGACACACAAUUCGCAGAAAUGGCCACAGAAACACCAAAGUUCGCAGGAUGGGUGGGUCUCGAUAAGGAGUCUGCCAAAGGGAAUAUGGUGUGGCAGGAGUAUGAACCCAAGACGUGGACCGAGGAUGAUGUUGAUGUCAAGAUCACUCACUGCGGUAUUUGUGGGUCCGAUUUGCACACACUUAGAUCUGGAUGGGGGCCAACUCUGUACGGCUGUGUGGUCGGGCACGAAAUUUGCGGAACCGCUGUUCGUGUUGGCAAGAACGUAAAGCACAUCAAGGCCGGCGACCGGGUCGGUAUCGGCGCUCAAUCCGGCUCGUGUCUCGACUGCGAAGACUGUAACGAGGGCAAUGAGAUGUACUGCCAGAAGGGAAUGGUCGGCACCUACAACGGCAAGUACUCAGACGGCUCCAAGUCGUACGGAGGAUACGCCGACUUCUGCCGUGCCCCAGCCCAUUUCGCAGUCAAGAUCCCCGACGGGCUCAGCAACGCCGAUGCAGCAACCAUGAUGUGCGGCGGCGUCACCGUCUGGUCCCCGCUCACCAAGAACGGCAACAUCAAGGGCAAGCGCGUCGGCAUCGUCGGCAUCGGAGGUCUCGGUCACUUUGGCAUACUGUGGGCCAAGGCCCUGGGCGCCUCGGAAGUCGUGGCCAUCUCGCGCUCCGACUCCAAGAAGGCCGACGCCAUGAAGAUGGGCGCGACGAAGUUCAUCGCCACGCAGGACGAGGGCUGGGCCAACAAGAACUCGCGCUCCAUCGACCUCAUCGUGUCGACCAUCUCGAGCCCGGACAUGCCCCUGGCGCAGUUCUUCCAGCUCCUGCGCCCCAGCGGGCAGUUCAUCCAGGUCGGCGCGCCCGAGGACGUGUUUCCCCCCUUCUCGGCCUUCGCGCUGAUUGGGAAGGGCGUCAAGAUGGGAGGCUCCUUGAUUGGAAGCCCGAAGGACAUGUCGGAAAUGUUGGAGUUUGCUGUCAAGCAUAACAUCCGCCCUUGGAUCCAGGAGCGGCCGAUGAAGGACGCGAAUGCUGCGAUUGUGGAUAUGGAGGAUGGGAAGGCGAAGUACAGAUAUGUGCUCGUCAACGAGAAGCACGCGGCUGAGGAGAAGACGUCGUAG